AUGUCCAGCUUAAGGAAUCCCCGGAACAAAGCAUCCGUACUGCGCCAUGAGGACGAAGAGGCUGCACUGCCCGAUCUCCUGCUCUGGGACGUGAAGGGACUACGGUACUUUGAAGAGGUCACCUACACUCCAUCAUACUACUUGACCAACGAGGAAUUGGACUGCUGGAGAGACACAAGUAUCAGAUCACAGAGCAUAUCCCGUCUGGAAUAUGCUGGUCGAAGAUACUGUUCGAAUAUCCUAGACGAUGCGUCUGACACCAUCUGCAGGAACCUCCGCAAGAUCCGAAUCUUACUCAAGGCCCUUGACGAACUAGAUCGCGAGUGUAUUACUUCGCCCUGGACCUGUCCUAUCCUGAACUCCAACGGACGCUCAGUUUGGUGCCUCCGGGACGAUUCCGACAUGUGCGGUGUUUCGGUCUUUUGGGAACCUACAAUGAUGGGCGCGAAUGACUGA